UUACUUUCUAACUGAACAAAAUAAUUACUUUCUUUUAUAAUUAAUCAGUUUCUUUCGUUUAGUAAUCGGAUGUCCGCGUCUAACCGCGUCAUUCGAAGUUGGUGGUCACUUUGAUCGUACUAUGCAUUACACAUGUGACGACUGUCAGAUAACUGACAUUCUUUGUAACGGCGAGAGCGUGUUAGCGGCAGGACGAGUGUCAAUAAUCAGCGUGUCAAAGAUGAUCAGCUUCAACUUUCCCAGGUAUGAAGAUAACCACUCGUGUGUCUACAUGGGUUUCUUCAAAACAAAGGAUAAGGUUUUUAAGAAGAUUUUAGCUGUUAUUGACAAUGAUGCUCAAGGUGUGACAGUACAGUUCCAAACAGUCUCACCUCCUCCUCUCGGUCAACAGUUCGAACAAGAAAUAUCUUAUGUUUGUGAUGAUUGUACUGUUAGUAAGGUGUUUGUUAACGGCAUUCCCGUGCCGGCAUCAACAAGGAGAAGUACUACUGGAUCUAUUGCUUUCUUUGUUGCAACAUCGACAUCUAUAAAGAUACGAAUAACAGAAUACGCUCCAACUUACGAAGGUGUUUACCAAGCUGUGUUCAUGGUCGGCAACGACGAAGUUACUAAGAGUAUUAUGGAGAUCAAGUGA